GCGAGGUGACAACGUUACCUCUCAAGGGCAAGGUGACAACUUUAGCCCUCAAGGACGAGGUGACAACUUUACCCUCAAGGGCAAGGUGACAACUUUAGCCUUCAAGGGCGAGGUGACAACGUUACCUCUCAAGGGCAAGGUGACAACUUUACCCCUCAAGGGCGAGGUGACAACUUUACCCUCAAGGGCAAGGCGAGGUGACAACUUUACCCCUCAAGGGCGAGGUGACAACUUUACCCUCAAGGGCAAGGUGAUCACUUUAGCCCUCAUGGGCGAGGUGACAACUUUACCCCUCAAAGGGCAAGGUGACAACUUUACCCUCAAGGGCAAGGUGACAACGUUACCUCUCAAGGGCAAGGUGACAACUUUAGCCCUCAAGGGCAAGGUGACAACUUUAGCCCUCAAGGGCAAGGUGACAACUUUAGCCCUCAAGGGCAAGGUGACAACUUUAGCCCUCAAGGGCGAGGUGACAACUUUACCCCUCAAGGGCGAGGGCAAGGUGACAACUUUAGCCCUCAAGGGCAAGGUGACAACUUUACCCCUCAAGGGCGAGGUGACAACUUUACCCCUCAAGGGCAAGGUGACAACUUUAGCCCUCAAGGGCAAGGUGACAACUUUACCCCUCAAAGGGCGAGGUGACAACUUUACCCUCAAGGGCAAGGUGACAACUUUACCCCUCAAGGGCGAGGUGAUAACGUUACCUCUCAAGGGCGAGGUGACAACUUUACCCCUCAAGGGCGAGGUAACAACUUUACCCCUCAAGGGCGAGGUGACAACUUUACCCCUCAAGGGCGAGGUGACAAAUUUACCCCUCAAGGGCGAGGUGUCAACUUUACCUCUCAAGGGCAAGGUGACAACUUUACCCGUCAAGGGCGAGGUGACAACUUUACCCCUCAAGGGCGAGGUGACAACUUUACCUCUCAAGGGCAAGGUGACAACUUUACCCGUCAAGGGCGAGGUGACAACUUUACCCCUCAAGGGCGAGGUGACAACUUUACCCCUCAAGGGCGAGGUGACAACUUUACCCCUCAAGGGCGAGGUGACAACUUUACCCCUCAAGGGCGAGGUGACAACUUUACCCCUCAAGGGUGAGGUGACAACUUUACCCCUCAAGGGUGAGGUGACAACUUUACCCCUCAAGGGCGAGGUGACAACUUUACCCCUCAAGGGCGAGGUGACAACUUUACCCCUCAAGGGCGAGGUGACAACUUUACCCCUCAAGGGCGAGGUGACAACUUUACCCCUCAAGGGCGAGGUGACAACUUUACCCCUCAAGGGCGAGGUGACAACUUUACCCCUCAAGGGUGAGGUGAAUGAGAGCAUCAGAAGAGAUUACAAACACAUUAAUAUUGUUAAGAGACACUAA